GUGCGUUCGGCCUUUCCGCGUCCCUCGCGUCGAGCGACAGGUCGCGGCGGCGCGGUCCGCUGUGAGGACUCGCGGCCAACUGCCUCUACGCCGGCCCCGACGCCGCCGCGCUCGCCCCUGCCCCUCGGUUGAGAGAAGAUGGUGGGCCGCAACAGCGCCAUCGCCGCCGGUGUCUGCGGGGCUCUUUUUAUCGGUUAUUGCAUUUACUUUGACCGCAAGAGACGGAGUGACCCCAACUUCAAGAACAGGCUUCGAGAACGAAGAAAGAAACAAAAGCUUGCCAAGGAGAGAGCUGGACUUUCCAAGUUACCUGACCUUAAAGAUGCAGAAGCUGUUCAGAAAUUCUUCCUUGAAGAAAUACAGCUUGGUGAAGAGUUGCUAGCUCAAGGUGAAUAUGAGAAAGGUGUAGACCAUCUGACAAAUGCAAUUGCGGUGUGUGGACAGCCUCAGCAGUUGCUGCAAGUGUUACAGCAAACUCUUCCACCACCAGUGUUCCAGAUGCUUCUGACCAAGCUUCCAACAAUUAGUCAGAGAAUUGUAAGUGCUCAGAGCUUGGCUGAAGAUGAUGUGGAAUGAGAAACCAAUGUCAACAUAAUCUCAAUUAAAAAUAUUUUUAAAAUCUUAACUUGGAAGAUGAGCAGCUCUGGGGGAAUAAGGGCAAAUAGGCUGGUUAUGGACUGUCCUACACUGAAAUCUACCAAAGUUAAUUUUUACUUUGUGUAGAUCCAUUUGUCUGUUUUAUUUAUUUUUCCCAGUGAAAAGUGUAUUUUGAUAGAAAUCUUUUCAUUUUAUAAAUACACUACGAGUUACCGAAAUAUGGAUUUAUUUUAUUCCUAAAAUGUGCAAUUAAGAUAUAUAACAUCACAUUAGUUACAUUAAAAAUACUCAGUGCUUAGUUUUGAAAACGUAGGAGAAAGCUGAAGAAUGCACGUUUUUUUAAGCUAGUUCAUUUUGUUCUCUAUAAAAGAGUUGGAUGGAAACUUGCUUUGUCAAAACUAAGCAUUAAAAUCUUUGAGAGAUCAUUUCUUUCCUUUUAAUCUUUUAAAUAUGUGAGAUGUGCUGCUGUGCUGUAUUAACUCACCUCCGUGUGUAUUUGUCUUGAAAUGUUUUAUUCUAAUCAGUGAGCUUAAUGUGUUAAGGAUAUUUAUCUCCUUGUAUUUUAAAUGUAUGUAGUUGCAGAUAGCACUGGGAAUUAAUCUAUGUACAUUCUUAAUCUAGCCAUGUGAGCUUCACCGAUUACCGUCUGCCCUUUUUCCUCAUUUAUAAAUGAGGGAAUUGGUCUGCUAAUUCAGAGAAGUGUCCCUUUCAGCUUUUGAUUCAUUUGGUUCUGUUUAGCAUCUUCAAAUCCACCUUCUCCUGAGGUAUAUGUUUGUUUGGACACUCAGGCCUUGCAUUUUUUGUACUCUGAAUUUUGCAUGCUUGCCUGACUUAGUAUUUCUGAAUUGAUUCUCUACCACCUUUUUUUUUUUUUUUUUAAAGAUCCAGCUUAUGUUGAUUUUUACUGAAAUCAUACGGUUCUGUCACUCCUCUCGUAAAUCUGAAACUUUUAGGGUAAUUGGGAUGAUAUGCUUGUAAAAUGUUUGUUCCCUUUUGUUUUUAUCUUCAGUGUAUCUCCUUAAUCCUCUUUCCCUCUGAUCCAUUUAUCUUGCUAUGAUGAGAAUAAGUUGUAACCUUGUAGCUGAAGACCUGAAAACAAUGGAGGUGUUCUCAAAAUAGUGACAUGUUAUCUGCAGUCACAAAUUCAACAUUGGACCUGAGAAUAAAGAUCCUUGGUACUUGCUGUCAUCUGUUGAACUGAGUAACAAUUCCUCCCUGUACAGAUUGCCUUUUUUCUGUCUGAAAAUCUGGAGAGAUCCCAAAGAUUUUCCUGGGUACCAGACUUUUUCUUUUGUUUUACUUACAAAUUUUUCUUAGCCUUGGAUUUUUGUUGUGGCUGGGAUAUGAAGGCAGGCAUUUGGAGUAUGGUUCUAAGUUUUUACCUCUAGAGAGCCCCACAUCCUAUGGCAGGUCACAUUACAUCUCUGAACUUACCCCCUAGUAUUCUCGUCUAUAAAAUUAGAAUGUCAGACUUGGCAACGCAGACAUUUAAGGACUCUUCAUGUACCUUCAUGAUUUGUGAUCCUAAACACUUAAACAGUGUGCUUGUAUUUUUGAUAACACCCAGCCUGCUCUUUUGUGGGGAUAGGGAGGUGAGUAGUGCAAACGUGCUGGUUAGUCAGUUUUGCUAAUAGAUCUCAAAUCCAAAGCGAUUGGUCAGUGAUUGAGCACAUUGGUAGGAAACCAUCUUUUAUCCUGUGCCCACCUCAGCCAGAGGGAAUGUUGAGGCCAGGGGCAUUCAGAAUAUAGGUUAGAGUUAGCAUACAAGAGAGAAGAGCAAGGAGCAGGCAGCUCGGCAGGGGAGGAGAAGACCCAGAGAAACUAAGGGCCAGCUGGAGGAGUGAGGGGUCAGCUUAGCUGUGGGAGGUGAUAUGAAGGCUGUAUGCUCUGGAGAGUUCUGUAGCCUGAGCAGAGUAUCAGUUUUCUGGAAAAUAAUCAGCUUUGAUCUAAUGCUUGUUAAAAUGGCUGUGGUAUCUUCCCAUUAGAGCUGAUUACCCUGUCGUGUUCUUAAAUGACAGUUUUCAUAAUAGGUGCCAGUUCUGAAAGUUAGUCGUUUUGUUUUUUUAAAAAUAAAACCUAAGCAAGGUUUUCCCCGCAUAAGUGCCGAACACCAUUUCCUCUCUGAAGUUUUAAAUGGUGAUGGAAUCAGGCAGGCAGUAGGGGGGAUGCUGGCCAAAUAGUGCUCAGCCUAUGAGCUAGGUAGAGUGGUGUGCCCACGUGCUAAUGUCACACUCUUGGCUACAAUGUUUGGAAAUGGAAAUACGCGUGCAUGUUGGUGUGUUUCCUUGGGAAAGAGCAGUUUUUCAAUUCCACAAUUUGUACUUAAGGUGCAAACACACUUAAAAUGGGCUUACCUCGCAGUGUCCUGCUUUCCUGUUAACAGAUGACUAGAACUUCGAUUCACAUUGAAUUUCUAUAAAGUACAUAAAACCUGAUACAGUGGCCAUAGUAGGCACUCAGUAAAUGUUUUGAGUGCCCUUCAGUCAGUUUUUUUUUUUUUUAACCAUAUUUCUACUUGCUUUUCUGACCUUGUUGAACCAGCUUAUGGACCAGAGUAUUAAUGAAAUAUUGCAGAAGAGAGUUGGAGAAAAUUGGUAUAUGAUGCAGAUACUACACGGAAUUGUCUUGUCUUGUAACAAAAAAUGCAGUUUUAUUAUUGCUUGUGCCUCAACUGUUUUAAGUGAAUAUUAAAGGGCUUGGAGAACA